UACGAAUGUUCCUUGAUUACGAGCGAAUGCUUUGACUUUGACGUGUGGGCAUAUUUUUAGUAUAUACUUGGAUUGUUGUUGUUUUAUUUAAUCAAUAAAAUAGAUUAUAUAGCAGUAGCAAAGUCAGCGAACCAAAAAAAAAAGUAGUGUGUGUAAAUAUUAUAGAUCACAUAAUCAGUCAAAACACUUAUUCAAUAUUCGUGUAGAUGUAAUAUAUAGGCUUAGUUAAUACUUAACUCAAACAAUCGUAGAGUCAUGAUUGAUUUUUUGUUUAUAUUACUUUUGUAUGCAUCAGGAACAUGCUUUAUAGUUGCUGAAAACAGUUCUAGAAUUCAAAAAAAAGGUCAAGAGUUAAUAUUGUGCCGAAAAUGUGGGGCUGAUGUGGCAGAUUCCUAUUACCUUUUUAGUAAAGAAAGUCCAGGAGCCCAUAAAAUUGAAUAUCAGAACUUAUUCGGCAGAAAAAAUGUUACAGUACAAACUUUAGUUAAUCCAUUUGGAGUUCCAUUUAAGAUAGUGACAGCUGAAAAAGCAAGAUGUGCAAGAAUGGGGAAAAGUCAAGGGGCAGAUUCAUGGUUUCCUGGAUAUAUGUGGCGUGUUUGUAUAUGUCCUCAGUGUGCUGUACACUUGGGAUGGACUUUUGAAACUUUAAAACUUAAAGAAAAUGAUGGAGAUAAUAAAUCAUUCCAUGGAUUAAUAUUAGGUAACCUUCUUGGAGAAAAUUUUACCAAUUCACUCAUUACUUUUCCAAAGAUGUAUAAAAUGUAGAGAGUUACAUAAAACACUGCUCCAAGAAAACUUUGCUACUGACUCAAGAAUGAUAUGAUGAAAAUGGAAGGUGAAGAUUAAAUUGUAAAAUAAAAGAAAUUGUACAGA